AUUGUAAGCUUACAGGUUAAUCAUCAUACAUAGUACUCACAAAUCUAAUCAUCUUCGAUAAACAACAAUGUCCGAGACAACACAUGACCCUCAACCUCACCCUCCGUCGUCAACAGAUGACGCUUACUCAAUGAAAGAUGUAAUAAUGUGGAGGAGGAAGCCUAUGAGUGUGGGAGUAUUAACAACCAUGACGAUGUUAUGGGUGGUGAUAGAAAUCUACGGCUACAAUUUCAUCACAGUGGCAUCAUGGAUCGCCAUCUUUCUUGUUUCCACCUUGUUCACGUGGGCCAACAUUUACAGGCUCAUUUACAAAGAGGAACCAAGCAUGUCGGCAAUAGGGAUAUCCGAAAGCACGGCUAACGAAAUGGCGAAAUGGAUGACUCAAUCCUCAGAAGAUGCAGCUAGGUGGGUGUUUAAAGUUGGUGCUCAAAGCGAGUGGUAUGUUUUCGCUGCUGCGGUUGUUGGGUUGUGGUUACUUUCCAUUAUCGGCAGCUCAUCGGAUCUGCUUACGCUUCUCUUCAUAGGGACUGUGGUGGGAAUGAGUGUGCCUGUGAUUUGGGUGAAGUAUGAUUAUAAGAUAAGGGAGCAUGGAAAGAGGCUGCAGAUGCAGAGCAAAAGGUUUUACAGUAUGAUAGAUGAGAAGGUGCUUCAGAAAUUGAAGGCUAAAGUCAAAGUCAACGCACCAAGAAAGGAGGAAAUUAAGGAGAAGAAAGUUGAAUAGUUGAUAAUCUAAGAUGCUGAAGUACUAUAAUAAUGUUGUAAAUGUGUUGUUUUGUUUAAGCUAGGUUUUACGUGUAUUUGUAUUGGGUUAAAAAUUGUGUGAAAUAGGAAAAAAAAAAAAAAAAAAAAAGGAAAAAAGAUAUGAAGGGAAGUAUGUUUAAAUUCAUUAUAAUACUUCUACAAUAAUGUUGUAAA